CGGAGGAGCGAGGCCGGAGGCGGUGCAGCCGCUGAGGCCCGGCCCAAGGCGGGCCCCGUUGAGCGCGGCCAUCGGGCGGCUGCAGUGGCGUGGCGGCGCCUCCGGGUGCCGCUGUUGGCCGCCGCCUCCCGGCGCUGGAGCCGCCGCCGCCGCCGCCGCAGCGUCCUGCCCCCGCAGGCUGCUCGCUCGGCCGGCGCCGGCCAGAGCGACAGCGGCAGCAGCAGCGCGCUGCUGGCCGCGGUGCUGCUGUGCGUGUGGUGGCGGGCGGCGGGCGAGCGGCUCCGCUACGCCAUCCCCGAGGAGCUGGGCAGAGGCUCGCUCGUGGGGCCGCUGGCGCGGGACCUGGGGCUCAGCGCGGACGAGCUGCCGGCGCGCAAGCUGCGGCUGGCGUCUUCCGGCAAGAAGCAGCUGAAAUACUUCACGGUGAAUGAGGAGAACGGCAACCUGUACGUGAACGAGAGGGUGGACCGGGAGGAGAUGUGUGGAGAGUCAGCUUCCUGUUCUGUAAGCUUUGACGCGGUGGUGCACAACCCUCUGAACGUUUUCCACAUUGAGGUGUCCAUCGAGGACGUGAAUGACAACUCUCCUGCUUUCAGGAAGGCUGCCCUGUAUCUCGAGAUCGGUGAAUGGACUCUUCCCGGUACUCGUUUUCUGCUGGAGAGUGCACGAGAUAUGGAUGUUGGAAAGAAUUCUCUGCUGACUUACCAACUAUCCAGCAACCCAUCCUUCUCUCUGGCUUUAAAGGAGAGCCCCGACGGAAGCAAGCAGCCGGAAUUGGUGCUUGACAGAGCGUUGGACCGGGAGAAGCAGAGCUCUUUUGAACUAGUGCUGACGGCGGUGGAUGGCGGAGACCCCGCGAGGUCUGGGACUAUCCAGAUUCACAUCAACGUGACGGACUUAAAUGACAACUCACCCGUGUUCAGCAAAAGCCUCUACGAGGCGCGAGUGUCAGAGAAUCUGCCAGCUGGCUCGGAGGUACUGCAGGUACGGGCGACAGAUGCAGACCUCGGCACCAACGGGCAGGUAUCGUACUAUUUUGGCAACGUCCCAGAGAGUAUCACUGCAUUGUUUACUGUUGAAAGAGAGAGCGGCAGGGUCAGGACGGUGGGUCCCCUCGAUUUCGAAGAGAAGAGUAAGUACAUCUUUGGCUUGGAGGCGAGAGACGGCGGGGGUUUAGUAUCACAUUGCAAGGUGCAAAUAGACAUCACGGACGAGAACGACAACGCCGCUUGGCCGCCGCCGCCGGUGCCGGCGGUGCCCGUGCUGUCGGCGGAGGAGCUUCUGGGCGGCGAUUCCUGCGAGAAGCCGAGCCCGAGCAGUAACAUCGUCGUGGGAGAGCCGCCCGCCGAUGCUGCUGCACUGCAG